CUUUCACUCAAUCUCUCUCUUCUCGACUUUCCCAAUCCGAUCCAUCUUUUCUCUUACAUUUCAACCUUGCAUAUCUCUUAUCUCCCCAUCUUUCAUAAUGUCUCUAACUCAGGUUCACCCCGAAGUUACAUGGGCCCAGCGCUCCUCGGCCACUGAGGCCGAGCGCAACUACCUUUACGUGAGCAUCAAGGCUCCCGAUGUUGCUCGCGACGCCGCUAGCCUCAGCAUCAACCCCACCAAUGUCUCUUUCUCCGGCGAGUCUAAGAAGGGCGUAAAAUACCAAGUCUCUCUCGACCUUUACGCCGAGAUCGACCCUGAGAACUCGAAGACAAACCACAGUGACCGUGAGGUCGAGUUGGUGUUGCGCAAGAAGGAGCUCAAGGAGGAAUACUGGCCCCGUCUGCUGAAGACGACUCAGAAGGUUCACUUCCUCAAGACCGACUUUGACAAGUGGGUCGACGAGGACGAGCAGGAUGAGGCCCCCGAAGAUGACUACGCCAGCGGCUUCAAUGGCAUGGAAGGAGGCAUGGACGGUGGCCUUGGCAACAUUGAUUUCUCCAAGCUUGGUGGCCUUUCCGGUCUCGGCGGCGCUGAGGCUGAUGCAGGCGAGGGCGAAGAUGAGGAUGAGGAGAUGCCGGAACUCGAGGAGGCCGGCGAUAACAAGGAUGCCAAGAUCCAGGAGGUCGCUUAAAUACGAGAAAUACUCGCGAGACGCGCAUUGCGACUUACGGAUGUGGAGAAUGGAGGCAUAAACGAGAGCACUUAUCACAUGUGUCUAACUGGCACAAAGUCGAACGACAGGUUUAGCUAGCUUUAUUAGCCUGCCCAGAGAGGCACAGAAGAGAAGGACAAGUUGGAAAGGAAGCGAAUAGUUCAUUAUUUUCCCUUCAUUGGUAUGAGAUGACGAAAUAGCCAACGACGCUUUUGCUAAUAGGAAGACCUUCCCCUCCGUG